AUGUCAGCUCGCCCAGCAGUCGGAUGGGAAUCACAUUUUAUUGCAACCAAGGCAUAUAUUCAAUUUGCAUUGAGCAUUAGCGAUAAGUCAUUUAUGCCAAAACUACUCAACAAGAUAGACAAAACAGUUGCCGCUCUUCAUUAUGGUACAGAUGGAAAACAAAUAUUUAGGACUCAUGGCUCUACACCAAUAUAUAAACUCCCUGAUAACGUCACUGAUCUUGGACAAUUAAAUGAAAUUAUGUAUCAGAAGUAUACUCGUCCAUUAGACCACGCAUUAGCCUCUAUUGGGACAAAUAAAGAUACUAUUGUUCUUAAUAUUAACCAUCUUGCAGCAGAUGGAGGAUAUCUUCAUAAUUUAUUUGAAUUUUUAAAGACAGAUGAAGAUAUCAACUACAUCCCUAGUAUUAUUCCAACAGAAAAAGUAUUUGAAAAAGAAAUUAAUGAAUAUAAUGGAUCUCUUCCAUUGUUCCCAGUUGCAGAUCCAUCGUUAACUCGUGCUAUUCCUCAAGAUCA